UUCAGAAUUCACAUACAGAAAACGGGAAAAAGGAGAGAGAGAGAGAGAGGAAGUUAGGGCUGGAGAGUUGAUAGCAAGCGAGGAAAUGGAAUUAAAGAAGGAAUUCGACAACACUUAUCAUCAGCCCUUCCCUUCCUCCGACGAAGAUAGAGAACGCGUUGCCCUCGAUCUCAAGGCCGGUCUCCAUCCUCUCAGACAAAAAUUUGUAUUUUGGUACACUCGUCGAACUCCCGGAGUCAGAACUCAGACAUCAUACGAGGACAACAUAAAGAAGAUUGUGGAUUUCAGCUCAGUCGAAGCAUUUUGGGUCAGUUAUUGUCACUUAGCUCGCGCCUCCACAUUGCCGAGCCCAACAGAUUUGCAUCUAUUCAAGGAGGGUAUUCGUCCACUGUGGGAGGACUCUGCCAAUUGCAAUGGCGGAAAAUGGAUUAUUAGAUUCAAGAAGGUUGUGUCGGGGCGUUUUUGGGAGGACCUGGUUCUAGCAUUGGUUGGAGAUCAACUUGAUUAUGGGGAAAACAUUUGCGGGGCAGUACUAAGCAUCCGUUUUAAUGAGGAUAUAUUGAGCGUGUGGAAUCGCAAUGCAUCUGAUCAUCAGGCUGUGAUGGCACUGAGGGAUUCUAUUAAGCGACAUUUAAAGCUCCCGAACAGCUAUGUGAUGGAAUACAAGCCCCAUGAUGCCUCACUAAGAGACAACUCCUCGUAUCGCAACACUUGGUUGAGAGGAUAGGGAAUUUGCCACUGUGGGGGAAAUGAAGUUGCAAUGGAUGCUGUUUUGCUUAUUGCAUUCUAGUAGAGACUUUGUAUGAUCAUCCAAAUGGGCCGACCAGGAAUGAAUGAAAGUUUAAACAGGUUGCAACGUAGUGAUGUUCGUCUAACCACAUGAUCGGCAUGUUUCAUGUUCUGUAUCUCUUUACAUUUUGUUGAUACUUUUCAAACCUAUGAUGUCAUUCCUAUGUUUUACAAGUACUAUGUUAAAUCCAGUAUGUCAUUAAUUUCAUGGGUUUUAGAAUUCAUUAU